UGGAGAAGCUGUUGGGAGGCCGCAUAAAGGGUCGUGCUUUCCGUGGCUUGAGUGCGCAUCUGGGUUUGCUCUUUCUCUCGUUUUCUCUUCACUGGCAUCUACGUCCACAUCUCUAUAUGUGAUUGUUCUUCGUACACGAUAUAUUUUUGAGUAUCUAUUUUUAAUACUUGCAUUCGGGAUAAUUGAAGAGAGCGAUUCAAGAGAGAAGAAAAAGAAGGAAAGACACCGAAAAUGCACUUCUCAACAUAUGCCUCAGUCGUCAUCGCGGCGCUCGCCGCCCUCACCUCAGCACAAAACCCAUUCACGUUCACGACCCUCACCUCAGUCACAGCCGGGACGCCGAUAAACAUCACCUGGGCGCCGUCAACCGGCACCGUAGAUACGAUCACUUUAGUCUUACGGCAAGGCGAUCCUACGCACCUAAGUACCAUUGCGACGAUUGCUCCAUCAAUCCAAAACUCGGGUUCGUUUUUGUGGACACCGCCGACGACAUUGGUAGCAGGCACAGGCUACGCCUUCGAGAUCGUCGAUGAUGGGAAUACAGCCAUAACCAACUACUCGAAUCAAUUCUCCAUCAUCUCGACCAACACCGUUUCAUCCGCAGCCGCAUCCACCACGUCCUCUGUUUCUGGAUUGACGACACUGACGGGAAGUUCGACUGUGAAGACGAGUGCGAGUACGAGUACGAGUGGGAGCUCAACGGCUACGGGGAGCUCGACGCCGAGUGGGACGAGUACGGGCAGUGCGAGUGCUACGUCGGCGACGGGGAAGAGUGCGGCGGGGAGUGUGAAGGUUGGGGUUGGAAUGUUGGGUGUUGUGGGCGCUGUUAUGGCGCUUUUGUAGAGGGGUGGUGGGGAGGGGGAGGGGUGUAUAUAUUGAGAGGAGGAGGUGAUUGGGAGGGAUAUUGCUUGGCAGGGGGAGGGCGUAUUGCAUAGGGAACUUAUAUAAAAAUAAUUUGAUAGUAAUGGAUAAUUUGUCGAAAGCCGCUUUCCGCGAGGUGUGGGAACAAGUUCGUGACUGGGUUCGUUUGGAUAUUGAGAGUUAUGUUGAAUAUUUGGAGGGCAGUGAGGAACUAUUUCUUCGAGUUGAGGAAACGAGGGGUAAGGGGAGGUUUUAGUUAAUCCAUAGUAUCGCUUAAAUUGAUCAAUAUUAUCAAACUCUG